UGACGUAACAUGGAUGAGAAUCGCGACAAUUUGAACAUUUAGUCGAUUCACGAUACGCCGGCAAAAGCAACUUUAAAACUAGUUCAAUCUCGUGUUUCCAUCUCCAAAUCACUUCAACACACCUGCAUUCUAGUUGUCUGCAUAAUAUCGCCUCAAUGGCAACAUCUUUAACACGGGCAUUGCCAAAACCCAAAUACACAGGUGAAGAAGAGGAGAUUCCACAGCAUGCGCAGCAGAGAGGUCCUCGAAUCUUGGGCGCAGGCGCUCUGGAUGACACCCAAAUUGUUUUAAAGGUUAGUAAUUUGGAUUUUCAGCAAUGGGAUGCUUUUUCUAACAAGGCUUUGCAGAAGUCUGGACCUCCACCAUACGGUAAUCGAACAGGAUGGCGGCCGCGAGGACAGGAAGACUUUGGUGACGGGGGUGCUUUUCCAGAGAUUCCCGUUGCACAGUAUCCGUUGGAUAUGGGACGCAAAUCUACUUCAUCAAAUAAUGCGCUGGCCCUUCAAGUCGAUGGCGAGGGGAAGGUCAAGUACGAUGCAAUAGCACGACAAGGCCAUAACGACAAACGAAUAGUACACGCAUCUUUCAAGGACCUUAUACCUCUUCGACAACGAGCUGAUGCGGGAGAUAUUAAUUUGGAUAGGCCGAGUGAGGAGGAAGUUGCAGCUUCUACAGAACGAACAAAGAAUGCCUUGGCAACUCUGGUCAGUGGCGCGGUAGCUGCGCAGAAACCCAAGAACGUCAAUGUUGGGGCGAGAAAAGAUCCAACCUACGUCAGAUAUACGCCUGCGAACCAAAUGGGCGAUAAUUCGAGGAAGAAUGAUCGAAUUAUGAAGAUUGUGGAAAGGCAGCAGGACCCUAUGGAACCUCCCAAAUUCAAACAUAAGAAAAUUCCCCGUGGUCCGCCAAGUCCUCCGGCUCCAGUCAUGCAUUCGCCCCCUCGGAAAUUGACAGCAGAGGAUCAAGAAGCUUGGAAGAUACCUCCCCCGGUCUCGAAUUGGAAAAACCCCAAGGGCUACACGGUUCCACUUGACAAAAGGUUAGCUGCAGAUGGGAGGGGACUGCAGGAUGUCACUAUCAAUGAUAAAUUUGCACAAUUUGCAGAGGCUCUUUUCACGGCAGACAGACAUGCGCGAGAGGAGGUCAAGCAGAGAGCACUGAUGCAGCAAAGGCUGGCGGAGAAGGAGAAGGCACAAAAGGAAGAUCAUCUGCGUAUUUUAGCACAGAAGGCGCGAGAGGAGAGAGCUGGGGCCGGCGCUGGGUCCAGAAGACGAGAUUCGAGGUCAUCAAGGUCACGUUCAGGGAGCUACAGUGAUUCUGAUUCUGAGCGAUCCAAUAGCAAUGACGAAGAACUUAGAGAGCGAGAAAAGAUGCGUCAAGAAAAGCGCAGAGAUGAAGAACGAAAAUUACGACAGUCGCGCAUGGGAACUGAAAGGAGAAUUCAGAUGAUGGCACGAGAGCAGAAUCGAGACAUUUCGGAGAAGGUCGCUUUAGGCUUGGCAAAGCCCACACAGUCAGCGGAAACCAUGUUUGAUUCCAGAUUAUUCAACCGGACGAGUGGUUUUGAUAGUGGAUUCAACGAGGAUCAAGCAUAUGACAAACCCCUUUUCGCGGCUCAAGAUGCUAUCAGCAGUAUUUAUCGACCGCGGCAAAAUAUGGAUGACGACGAUGAUGAGGCGGCAGCUGAAGGUGAGAUGGCGAAGAUACAGAAAAGUAAUAGAUUUGGUGAUGCCCUUGGUAAAGGGACCUUUAAAGGUGCAGCAGAUGUUGAGGUGAGCAAUUUCCUUCACUGUAACUGGGGGUGAAGCUAACAUGAGGUGUGAACAGGCGAGGGAGGGCCCGGUGCAGUUUGAGAAGGAUACUGGGGACGUCUUCAAUGUCGAUGAUUUCCUGAACAAGGUCGGAGAAAGCUCUAAUAAAAGAGAGUAUGGGUUAGAGGAAGGCGAGGAAAGGUCCCACAAACGGGCGAGGAUGGAUGAGGAUGAUGAUUAGAGGGUCAGUUGGUCACGUGAAUACAUGGACGGGGUUGUAUCUAUAGACAGCAGGUUGGGGACAAACUGGGUAUAAUGCAUGCCAGGCGUUCAUGUUGACAGACGGAUUUCCGGGUCAUCGAAUGGCGCAGUAUCUUGUGUGUCUUCACAUACCGAAGUUCUCCACGUGUCUAUCCCGAGUCAUAAGCGAUUAGGUUGAUAUCCAAAGUACCAAAUUACCUUGGCAUCCUAAACUAGAGGCGUACACAUGUAUCGAAAGUAAAGGAUAUCUUCCUUCAUAUUGAGGCUUUGCUGUACCCGUUUUCCUCUAGAGAAGUUGCAUGCUAAACUACGACAACACUGGGUUAGUUAUCACCUAGGGAUGUCACUAAUAAAUUUUUGUCCAUUUGAUUA